CAGGAGAGGUUUGGCCACCACACUCGGGCUUCGCCAUGUCCGGCUCGGACCGCCUUCCCGACUACCCGCUCGGCUCCGGCGUGGCAAGGAGGCUGCGGUCUGCGCUGGAGACCGGGGACGACGAGGCGCUGCGGGACGUGGUCUGCACGCAGGUCCGGCCCGUGGACGCCGUGAUCGAGCUGGCCAACGACGACUGGAUGAAAGACCCCUGGGCCCCGCUGCCCCCCGGGGUGCUCCUGGGGGACCUGUGCCGCCUGGCCCCCCUCACCGACCGGCUCAUCCAGGGCGCCAACGCGGUGCUGGAGCUCAGGAAGGAGGAGACGGAGUGGCGGGGGGGCGCCCCGGCCACCUUUGGCCUGUCAGGUCUCUGGACGCUGGAGUACAAGCGUGAGCUCACCACGCCGCUGUGCAUCGCGGCAGCCCGAGGCCACGAGGACUGCGUGGGCCACCUGCUCCGUCGGGGCGCUGACCCAGACUCCAGCCCCGGCGGGCGUGGGCCCCUGCACGAGGCCUGCCUGGGGGGCCACACGGCCUGCGCAGAGCUGCUGCUGCGGCACCGCGCGGACCCCGACCUGCUCAGCGCCGAGGGCCUGGCGCCCCUGCACCUCUGCCGCACGGCCGCCUCGCUCGGGUGCGCACAGGCGCUGCUGGAGCACGGCGCCUCAGUGCACUGUGCCGGCGGCAGCAGCCAGGACACGCCGCUGCACGUGGCGGCGCAGCACGGCCUGGACGAGCACGCGCGACUCUACCUAGACCGCGGGGCGCGCGUGGACGCGAGGAACGGCCGUGGCGAGACGGCCCUGAGCACCGCGUGCGGGGCGGCGCUGCAGCCCGACGAGCAGGAGCGCGGCGUGCGCCUGUGCGCGCUGCUGCUGCAGCGCGGGGCAGCGCCAGACGCGCGCGACGAGGACGAGCGCAGCCCGCUACACAAGGCCUGCAGCCAAGCGCGCCCGGACCUGGCGCACCUCCUGCUGCGCCACGGCGCCGACGCUACCGCGCUGGACUACGGUGGCGCCUCGCCUCUGGGCCGCGUGCUGCAGACGGCCGCCUGCGCACCCCAGGCUGCGCCGGAGCGCAUCGUGCAGGCGCUGCUCAACCACGGCGCCCCCACCGUGUGGCCCGAUGCCUUUCCCAAGGUGCUGAAGUCGUGUGCGGCAGCCCCCGCGGUCAUCGAGGUGCUGUUCAACUCCUACCCGCAGCUCCGCGUGCCCGAGUCCUGGAGGGAGGCCAUCCCGGAGGAGGCGUUCCAGGUGCACCGGCCCUUCUACCAGACCCUCUUCGCCGCGGCGCGCGGCCCGCGCCGCCUGCAGCACCUGUGCCGCUGCGCCGUCCGCAGGCGGCUCGGCGGGCGGUGCUCUCGCCUGGUGCCCCGGCUGCCCGUGCCCGCGGCCCUGAGGAGCUACCUGCUCCUGGAGCCGGAGGGCGUGCUGCGCUGA